GUGGCUCGCUGCAGCCUCUCUGGAGCAGAAGAGAGAGAUCCCUCUUUUUCUCCUUCAGUGGCAUGAAUAAUAUCCCCAGUGCUGGAGAGAGAGCACAUCAAGAGGCAAGCGGCAAAGGGAGAGAGAGAGAUAGCAGCCAGCGUGACAGAUUAGAGCGUGGCAGAACUUGUCUCCCUGACUGACUGCACCGUGGGAGAGCAAGUGCACCAGAGUGACAGGCUAUAGGCUGCUGCCUGCACACACACAAACACACUCACACAGACACACACACACACACACACACACACACACACACACACACACACACACACACACACACACACACACACACACACACACACACACACACACACACACACACACACACACAUUCACAGACCCCUCAGCCCAGCUGCACCAGAAGAAGUUCAGAGAGAAGACUGACCUCAAGAAGGUACAGUAUGAGUGUGCGUCUCAACCCUGGGAAUCAUAUCUCUUGUCCCACUCUGUAUAUCUGUCACAUCAUGAGGAAAUCAGCUGUGUUGCGCUCACUUGAUGCUCCACUUUGUUUUCCAGGUGGGUCGGGGGAAGUUUUGGAUUCACUCGACUGUUAUGGCUUUCCUCAGACUGAGGCUUCUCGUCCUGUAGAGGAUCCUGUGCGUCUCCAGUCCCGAAGCAGAAGUCGUCUCGUGCUGCCAGCCUGAGGGAGGAUGGAGAAGCUGUCAGGAAAGGACAAGGAGCUGAUACGAGGCAGCUGGGAGAGCCUGGGAAAAAACAAAGUUCCUCAUGGUGUCAUCAUGUUUUCCAGACUGUUUGAGCUGGACCCCGCGCUCCCCAGUCUUUUCCACUACAACACAAACUGUGGCUCCACACAAGACUGCCUCUCCAGCCCCGAGUUCCUGGAACAUGUCACCAAGGUGAUGCUUGUGAUCGAUGCAGCCGUCAGCCACCUCGACGACCUUCACACCUUGGAGGACUUUCUGCUCAACCUCGGCAGGAAGCACCAGGCAGUGGGAGUCAGCACACAGUCAUUUGCUGUGGUGGGUGAGUCCCUUCUCUACAUGCUGCAGUGCAGUCUGGGCCAGGGCUACACGGCGCCGCUGCGUCAAGCCUGGCUCAACAUGUACAGCAUCGUGGUAGCAGCCAUGAGCCGAGGGUGGGCCAAGAAUGGCGAGGACGAGGCGGACUGAGGCGCACAGCGGGAGCUGCCGAGCAGUUGCUCUCAAAUCACUCAACAUGGUUGCCAUGGAAUAAGGUUGUGUAACUUGCAGCAUUGUGGCUUUGGCUGCUGUACAUUUGCUCUGUGAGUGGGGUCGCGUAGUUUAGCGAAUGUAUGGUGUGGUUACACUCUCGGAUCGACCUGUAGCAGAGUUUAUUUUCUUGGCCGUGGAUGUUUAGCUGCCAGGUGAUGCUGUGAGGAUCCGAUCCAGUCUGCUCUGGUUCUCCUGAGGUUGGACCUGUAACCUUAGCUCCUCUCACUGAGAAAAAGGAUAAAACAGUUUCGUCUCUUUGUUUAUAAUGGCUUUGAUAUAUAUACUCAAAUGAUACCAGUGACUGUAGUGGUCUUUGUGCUGUAUCAUGAAAAGAGUUGCACAAUUGUGAAUCAGUAGAUGUUUUAUUUAGGCAUCACACACUACUCAAACUGUGAUGCUUACUGUGGCCAGCACGGCAGCUCUCUAUCCAACUGGAACACAGUGAUACUUACAAAUACAUGUUCAAACCUUUGGGACAAAGCAAUGUGAUCUCACAGAAGAAAAUCCUAUCAUCACAGUCAUUACUGUGUUUUUAAUGAAUAUUGCACAUCAUGACACCUCUUUUUAUGUGUGUGACCUUGUUAUCUAACAUUUAAAGUAUUGAUUAUAUAAGCAAAGCACUCUGAGAGCUUUCUUCAGUGAUCUAUGACUGUUAAGGCGUCUGUGUGCACCUUUCUCGACAUGGUGUGUGUGAUGCUCUCUCCUGCAGAGGUUGUGAGUACUUCAAUAGGCUUCAGCAGACUGUUAAACUCUAACCUAUAGACUGUUAUGUGACCUUUAGAGUGUAGACGUCGAGGGCACAGAGGAGGAAGUAUAACAUCCUUGUCCCUUGGCCUUGGGUUUCCAGUCGUUGUUCGUGUAAAGUAGUUUUAUUGUACUGUAGUUUAAUUAUUUAACUUGUGUUGUCGUGGCUACAAACAUAUUGCUGCCUCGGAUUUAGAGGGGAAGAUGAGCAGAGUUGCACGUGUUUCUCCGAUACAGGAAGUGAAAUCAGGAGUGACUAUUUGUUCUGGUCCAUGAAACCAAGAGGAACUUGGUUUAAUUCUUAAUUCAUUUCUAGAGCCUGACAGAUAUGGAUUUUUGUGGCCGAUGCUGAUACUGAUAUUUAUUAAAAAAGACUUUGGCAAUGAUUCUUAAGAAAUUGUUAUCAAACCCUUAUGACAAAAAAAUGUGAUUGAGUUUUUAUAUUUUACAGGUAACCAUAAACUUUAUUAUAAAUAACUUAAACAAAUACGAACAAAUAAAUAGGACUUUAAUUAAGGAAAUAAACAUAAAUUCAAAUUUGUUCACAUUUCUGCAAUGUUUAUUCGGUAUCUUCACAUAUCGGCAAACAAAAAGGUUGAUACCGGUAUGUCUGUUGUAUUGGCCGAUAUAUAUGGGUCAGGGUUUUAUGUAUUACCCACAGAACAAAUAAUACAGAGCCACUGUGUGCUGACUCGGUCCAAUAUGUGUGUAUUCCUAUUAUUGCUGCCAUAACACUGUAUACAUCAUCCUCAGCUGGUAUUUACAUUCAUGGUCAUAUCGCCAAGUAACUUAGCAACAGUGCGCCAAGUAUUAGAUAAUAACACCAUACAACUGUAAAUCCAAGCUGCUGAUAUGUGGUUAUUAUCGCUUUAGUCUGAGUUUACAUUUACAAAGUUUAUUUUUAUAUUCUGAAAUGUAUGUGUAGUCAAACUUUAUUGAUCUUUUUUGUUUUUUGUUUUUUCCAAAUGUGAUGUACAAUAUAUCCUCCAGAAGUAUAACCCUGUGUUGAUUUACCUGUUCAUGAAACCAAUACAAGAAAACAUAUAGGUACAUUUGCUAUAACCAAUAUAAUAGAAAUGUUAUCACCAUCUAAAUGCGUUCUCUGUUGAAGUAUUUUAUCCCUGCAGAGUCUGUUCAGUCUGUAGCCCCAUAGUUAUACUGUUUGUUAACUGAUUGUGUAGGUGGUGUAUUUUUAUAGUGAUUCUUUUCUUAGCACCAGUACACAGCCCUGUGCAGGUUGUUAUUCUCCCUGUCUGUUUUUUGAAGUAACCUGACGUUAGGUCUUUUUUAGCAGCCAGCCGCUAGAACGUUACAUCCAGAUCUGUACAUAUUGGGUGUGUUACUGUCUACCUCAUUAAUAUCAGCUGCUACUGAACAGCGAUGACUUCACUUAGUUAUCCUUCAGCCAAAAAAAUGAUUAUUCGAGUUAAUACAAACUCAAUAGAAACUUAAUUGUGACCUGGAUUCCAUGCUACACUUUGAAGAAAAACAUGUUGUGUCCUCACUUGAGACUAAAUAAAUAAAGUGAUCUGUGGAUAUUUGAUUGCUAA